AUGCAAAGAGGUAAUAACAAUUUCGGAGGAGGAACUCCAAACUAAACAUAGUACUCAUAGCAAUAAUAAUUUGGCUAGAUGGGUUUUUCAUCUAAUUAACCUCCACUUACCUAAUAGUAAUAGCAGUAGAACCUUGUAAAGCUGAAGUACAGAGUGAUAUAUUGCAGUGGAGAAGAUCCUGAGUACCCAGUAACUGAAUUACUUGAUCCCACUCCUAACUCGAGAGGAUGGUAAUCUCAAAAAUUUUGUGACUAUCCAUAAGAAGUCAUAGUUCAAUUCCCAAAUGUUGUUAGACUAAAGCAACUGUAAUUUUUAUCACAUCAAGCUAAGAUUGCAUCAAGAAUUGAGCUAUUCACUUACCUGCCUAGUGGUCAAUAAGCUUUCAAUAAUCAAAUCCCCUUAUCUGAAAUUUAAUACAAGCGUCUUGGUUAUUUAUCCCUAGAUCCCAAUGAAAGAAGUGGGUUUUAAGCUAGAGAAUUGAAAUCAGUAUAUGUUGAUUCAUUAGCAGUAAUUUUGAAGUUGAUCUUUCAUAAAUGCCAUCUCAAUAACUUCAAUGUCUUCAACUAAAUAGGAUUAGUAGCAUUGAAUUGUAUAGGCUUAAAUUAGGCUUAAUAAAUCCCAUCUGAUAUUGGCAUGGGUGAUGAUGGAACACCUAAUUCUUAAUAGUCUAAGAGAUAAUUUAAUGACUUUGAAAAUGUAGAUCCAGAAAUUACAAGCAAAAUAAAGAUUCUUGAAUAGGCUAAAGACAAAGCAGUGUAAAAUGAAAAUUUUGACGAGGCAAAAAAAAUUAAAGAAGGAAUUGAAAGGCUAAGAAGUGUUGGUAUUCAUAUAAUGUAAUUGGAUGAAAGAAAAAGAAUGGCUACAAUGAAUGAGGAUUAUGAUGCUGCAAAGAUUAUAAAAAUUGAAAUUGAAAAGCUUAAAGAGGCUUCUUAUAAUCCUUGGCUAGAGGGGAUAAUUCAAGGCAUUACUCAACCACAUUAGCAAAUGAGAUAUACCUAGAAUUAGUUUUAAUAACCACAGGCUUAAUAAUUCAAUGCAUCUCAGUAGAAUUUUGGAGGAUUUAAUAAAGGUCCACCUUAGAUGGCAACUUCACUUGAAGAUGACAUGUAAACAAAAAUAAAUAUUGGAGGGCAGCCACCUAAGAUGAGAAUGUAAUCACCAAAGAUUGAAGGAGCAAUGAGUCCUCCGUCUAUUUAAAAUUAAUUACCAAUAAAUAAUAUCGGAAGAGGUAAGGAAAGGAAGGUUUCAGAUUACGAGUAGGAAUUGGAACAAGCUAGAGGACCAAUUGAUGUUGAUGCUUAAGUCAUUCCAACCAUGAAUGGUAAUAAGGGUAAAAAUAAUGCUCCCUAGGAAUAUGAAGAUGGCUAUGAAGAUAGUAAAGAAGUAGAAGACCUUACUGGAGAUAGAAUAAUGCAAGCAUAACCAUUAAUGGCAGUUUUUGGACCAGAUGAUGUCAAAAAAAUAUUUUCCAAAACAUGGUAACUGAGAGAAGAGGGAAUUACUAGCAUUGAAAAUAUGGUAAUCAAUGAGGGAGGCUUGAAUGAGGGCAAAGCUUUCGUGAAUGGAGUUGGAGCAGUAAGAUAUACUGUAAAUGAUAAGAUGGCCUAGGUCGCAUAGAAAUCUAUGACCUUCUUAACUAACCUUUGCAGAAAUCUUAAGCCUAUUCUUAAUCCAGGACUUAAGGGUGAAUUGCAAUCUUACACAGAACCUAUUAUUUCUUCACUAGUAGAAAAACUUGGAGACAAUCUGAUGAAGGUCAGAAGUAGUGCUGAGGAUGCCAUUCUUGCUAUGACUGAGCACCAAGCAUUUGGUAGUUAGGUUGUUUUAUAGAUUCUUACUAGGCCUCCAGGUUCAGGCGCAGCCAAAGACAACAAGAAGAAUAUGAUGUCAAAUAAGCAUAUCAUCGGAAAAUAUUCAGUUCUUUUAAGAAUGCUUUAGGCAGUUGAGUUCAACCCAGAAUAGCUGAGAACUAGUGUAUAGUUCUCGCUUAAGGGUAUUUAGCAUAAUCUAUAGGACAUUAGAAAUGUAGCUUAUAAGUGCAUGACAGAAAUUUAUCGCUCUAUGGGACCUGAAAUUAGAAAGCAUUUGGAAGGACUAAGACCAGCUUAGUUAGAGUAGUUAGAAGCAGCAUUUUCUGAAGUAGAUGGAAUGCCUGGAGGUGGUGGUUUAAAGUUGAAGAAUGAUGGACCAAAGGAAACGAUAUCUACGAAUAUAGAUCCAUAUGGUGUCAAAGGUGGACCAGUUGCAAAAAACAAAAAGCCUCCUCAAGGUAAGCCUCAGAGUAAAUAUGAUGAUGAUGAAGAGGACAUUGGCGGUGGAGGUGGUGGUUUCGGCGGAGGCGGAGGUGCUGGACCUACUUCAGGGAACAAGGGCGGCAAGCCAACCAUAAACUAAAACUAAAAGUAAUAAUAAUAGAAGCCGUAGAAAAAUUAAUAGCAGACUACUCCUGAGGAAUAGACUUGUGGUUUCUGUGGCAGAUUUGACUAGGAGUUCAAUGAUGAAUCUCUUGAUAUUCAUUACUGGAAAGAGUGCCCAAUGCUUGUUUAAUGCUGGGACUGCGGACAGGUCAUUGAGAUAUCAACUCUGAAUGAACAUCUAUUAGAGGAAUGCGAGAGAGCAGAGGAUUAUAAACUAUGCUCGAAGUGCAAAGGUGUGUGGCGAGUUGAUGAAUUCAAUGGUCAUGAGUGUCUCAGACCAAGACCUAAUGGAGCAGUUAAAUGCCAACUUUGUAAGGAAAAUGUGCAUCCCAUUGAUGAUGAAGGUUGGAAGAAGCAUGUCUUAUAAGAUAAGUGUGUAGGUAAUCAGAGACUUCCAAUGUGA